AUCGCGGGACCUAAACACACUUUCUGGCACGGACCAUUUUCAAAUCAACGUGGAACCUCAUGCUCAUACCAAACCAAGCUUCUUCUAUUCAACGUCUCUGCAUUCACCUUCCUCUUCUUCUUCUUCUUCGUCUCUCUCUGUCUUCAAUUCCUACUCCGCAUCUCGCUGAAUUCAAACCCUAGAACUCCGAUUUCGUCGCUUAGAUCCAUCAACUGUUCGAUCGUAACCGGUUGAUUGUUUGGAGAAUUGAGAGGAAUUUGAAAUGUUGCGCGCUCCGACAACAGUUGAGGAGCAAUUGAUUUUGAAGGCUAUUAGGGAGGAGUGUCCAUGGGAGAAUUUGCCUAAGAGGUUGCAAUCUACUCUUUCUUCUAAAGAGGAAUGGCAUAGAAGGGUGAUUGAACAUUGCAUCAAAAAGAGGCUGCAAUGGAAUACUUGUUUUGCUCGCAAAGUAAUCAAAGAAAGCGAAUACUACGAGGAGAUGAUGCGGUAUCUUCGGAGAAAUCUUGCGCUUUUUCCUUAUCACCUCUCAGAAUAUGUAUGUCGAGUAAUGAGGGUCUCACCUUUCCGAUAUUACUGUGACAUAAUAUUUGAGGUUAUGAAAAGUGAGCAACCUUAUGAUAGCAUACCGAAUUUCAGUGCAGCAGAUGCAUUGCGGAUCACAGGAAUCGGAAGGAAUGAGUUCAUUGAUAUCAUGAAUAAAUGCAGAUCUAAGAAAUUCAUGUGGAAAAUUAACAAAUCAAUUGCAAAAGAACUUCUACCGACACAACCGGCGGAUUUUCCAAUUGAACCUUGGUGGGGAGUUUGUCUUGUCAACUUUACUCUUGAAGAAUUUAAGAAACUUUCAGAUGAAGAGAUGGCAAUGAUAGAUAAAGUUUGCAAGGAGGAAGCCAAUUCAUAUGUUCUUUUCAAUCCUGACAUAAUAAAGGGCUUAUACCGGCGGGGUCUAAUAUAUUUUGAUGUUCCUGUAUAUUCAGAUGACCGUUUCAAAGUUUCUAGGCUGGAGGGCUUUGUUUCAAAUAGGGAGCAGUCCUAUGAAGAUCCUAUUGAGGAGUUACUUUACGCAGUUUUCGUUGUUUCAAGUGAGAAUGCAACUGUUGCCGAACUUGCUUCCACAUUACAGGCUGACCUCUUGCAGUUGCAAUCUGCUGCAUCCUUUGCUUGUCGAUUGGGAUGGGCAGAGAAAAUAAUUGAUCCAGCAUCUAUUCUACAGGAUGCUAAUGUCCAGGGAUCUCUUAUUCUAAGUGAUGAUGAAGAUGGUUCUCGGGCUAGUGUAGGCUCUGCAAACUUGUCGGUGGAUGGAGUCAGUGUUCAACAGGACUAUUCAGGGUCAGAAAGCAGAGCAGCUUCAAAUCAUGCUCGUGUUGCAUUUAUUGUUGAUGCUAAUAUUACUUCAUACCUCAUGAUGGGGUCUGUUUCACCAGGUUUGAAAUCACAUGCUGUAACGCUCUAUGAAGCAGGUAAGCUGGGUCACGCAAGUAUUGCAGAUCUUUGCAAGGAUUUGAGCACAUUAGAAGGAACCAAAUUUGAAGGUGAAUUGCAGGAAUUUGCAAAUCAUGCAUCUAGCCUCCGUUGUGUUCUAGAAUGUCUUCUUUCUGGAGGAGUUUCUGAUAGUGUUGGAGACACAGAAAUUGGUCAUAAGGUGGACACCGUAUCCUCACAAAGCAAUGAUACCUCUACGGCAGUUGAAACGAGCUUGACUCACAAUGCCAGUGGUAUUAAUGGUGAUAAUUUCAUCAAUAUAGAAUCUCAGGAUAAGAUUAUAGAUUCAGAAUGUUUGGAAAGAGAUUCCCCCUCAUGUUCAAUAUCUGGAGCCAGCUCUGCCGACACCAAGCUAAUCAGUGAAGACCAUAUAGAUGAUUCCCAUGAGCAGCCUAUGUUGGAUCCUAUCUUGGAGGAUAAUGAGAUUUCAGCCUUCGAAAGUGAUGCUCCCAGAAGAAAAAGGAGUUAUCGUUUGGAUCUUCUUCGUUGUGAAAGUUUGGCCACUCUUGCACCUGCAACUUUAGAUAGAUUGUUCCACCGAGACUAUGAUAUUGUCUUAUCCAUGGUACCUCUGCCUCCAGCCUCUAUUUUGCCCGGGCAAACAGGCCCUGUGCACUUUGGGCCUCCCUCACAUUCAUCCAUGACACCUUGGAUGAAAUUGGUGCUAUAUUCUGCAGUAGGCAGUGGACCGCUGUCUGUUGUUCUAAUGAAGGGCCAAUAUUUACGUUUACUUCCUGCACCCCUGGCGGGCUGUGAGAAAGCCCUUAUAUGGUCAUGGGAUGGAUCUACAGUUGGAGGGGUGGGGGGAAAAUUUGAAGGGAGCUUAGUGAAAGGGACUGUUCUUCUGCAUUGUCUUAAUUCACUUCUUAGGCAUUCUGCUGUACUUGUGCAGCCUCUCAGCAAGUAUGACCUUGAUAAAUCUGGGAAAAUUGUUACAAUAGAUGUCCCGCUGCCAUUGAAAAAUUCUGAUGGUUCACUUGUGCAUGUAGGGGAGGAGUUGGGUUUAGGCAUUGAUGAAAGCACAAGGUUGGAGUCACUAAUAAGUGAGAUAGUGGAUAGAAUUGAUUUGUGGACCAUUGGUUACAUCCGCCUAUUAAGACUUUACAUAGAGACAGAUGCAGAUCAGUUAUCACCUGAUGAUGAGAGAUAUGAAUGGGUCCCACUAAGUGUAGAGUUUGGUGUACCUCUAUUUAGUCCAAAACUGUGCAAGAAAAUGUGCAAAAGAGUAAUCUCUUCACAGUUGCUUCAGACAGAGUCCUUUGAUGAGCACCAUGAAGCAAUGCAUGGAUUAAGAAGAAGGUUACGUGAUGUAUGUGCAGAGUACAGUCCCACAGGUCCAGCUGCAAAGCUUUUAUAUCAGAAAGAGAAGCCAAAGGAUAAGUCUCGUCAACUUAUGACCUAUGCGAGUGGAAGAUGGAAUCCUCUUGCAGAACCAUCAUCUCCCAUUGCUGGAGCCACUGAAUACCAGAGGAAAAAACUUUCGUCAAGGCAGCGUUCAAGAAGAGAAGUUCUUAGCUUUGAUGGGAGCAUUCUCAGAUCAUAUGCUUUGUCUCCCGUUUAUGAGGCGGCCACCAGGCCAAUUGAAGAAUCAAAUUUAACGAACGUCCCUAAAGUUGAAUCUGAUGAUGCUGAUAGCAAAGAUGUGAUCCUGCCUGGAGUAAGUCUCCUCUUUGAUGGAGCAGAGCUGGAACCAUUUGAGAUAGGUGCUUGUCUCCAGGCUCGCCAACCAAUUGCUCUAAUUGCAGAGGCCUCAUCUGCAACCUCUGCUCUAGCACCUAAAUAGGAUUCAUGGCUCUUGACUUCUGUCAUUGUCUAAAAGAUCAUAGCUUCAGUAAACCGCAUUGCUGACUGUUGUUGCUUCCUCAUCAUAAAUCAGCCCUGAUUAUUUCUUCUUCUUCUCCUGAUACCUGGAGGGCAAUCGAUUAUUUGUCUGCGUGAUCUUAAGGUGAAGCUUGGUGGCUUUUUCUCCCUGCAUGUGGUUGAUGUAAGCUUUAAAAGGUGCGACUGCAUUACAAAACUGAUUCUUUUUACCUGAAAAAAAUAAGACCCGGUUGCUAAUGAUGAUAGUAUUCAGGAUUAAAAUAGAGUUUUUUUUUUUUUUUUUUUUAAAUUAUUUUUUUCCUAAAUUAAAAUUUGAGUUUCUUUUUUUGCUGGUAGACUUGUAGUAUAGGAAGGCAACAGGGCUUAUUGUUGAAGCCUGCUGUGCUCUAGGUACAUAUCAUGGUUGUAGGUAGCCAGGGAUGUACUAGGUUUUAUGUAAGUGCUGUCCCUACCUUGGAGCAACUUCCAUAAGGGAAAAGAAAAGAAAUCUCGAGGAGGAUACUAUGUAAUAAGCAUAUAGAGUGAUUCAAUUGAAAUUGAAUGUUUGAUUUGAGACUUUAUCUUUUGAAAUCUAAAAUCAAAGGUUGUAUAAUUUAGGGCUCAGAAUCGCUCUAAAAGUCUAAAAUUAGUAACCUAAUCAGCUGCUUUGUUGCCUUUGUAAUAGAUGUGAUCAUGUGAACAAUUCAUGAAUAUUAUACUUUGCAAAAUUGCUGAAGUAGGAAAUAUAUUUAUCUUCAGUCACCAUUGCAAUUUGCCAUGGAAUUGAUCUA